CUGCCCCACAUCGCCGACGGCGCCAGCCGCGCCGGAAGAGAGCCCCAUGUGGUCAACCUGAGCGGCUCAGGAUUCAUCAUCACCGGCCCCAACCAAUCGGUCAUCGAGGAGCGAAAGUACCCGGUCCGACGCCAGAUUGCCUUUUAUGCGUCGACUCGGACCUAUUCCACGGUCCUUGAAACGCACGGGUUCGAGGAUGUGGGAGUUCGCCUGCACGAGAUGUCCCUCAAGGGCCAGUGGGAUGAAAUGACCAACCUGAUCACCGACGACAUCCUCGACAAAUUCGCGGUCGCCGUCGAAUACGACGAGGUGGCCGCCGCAGUCAAGGGGCGGUAUGAAGGCCUGCUGGACGAGGUGGUCUUCGGAAUGGACGUCAACGGCACGGACGACGAGCAGCAGUUGCGCAAGAUCGUCGCCCAGCUCCAGGAGUAG